AUGGAGCAGAAGCUGCUGUACGUCCUCCUCGCCAUCCUCUGCGCCGGCCCCGGGCACGCCCUGCGCCACCUCAACGACGUCGACGGCGGCCGGGAGUUCUCCUUCGGCUCCAAGGCAGCCGCGGCGGGCGCCGAGACUGAGCCGCUGGACCCAUCCCUGAGCAACGACUACGAGAACGAGAUCAGCCACGUGGAGUUCGAGCCGGAGCUCGGCAGCACCGCGCCGUUCGCCGCGGCCGCGGCGCCCGUGCCCGCCGCGACGACCACCGUCACCGUCGCUGCCGCGGCGGGGCCGGCCGCGGAGCCUUUGAGGGUCCGCAAAGCCGCUGCCACCGCGGCCGCGGAGGCCGCCGGCGCCCGGAGCAUGAAGUGGUGGCUGCCGCCGUCGACGAUGCCGUCGUUCCCGCUGUUCCCGAACCCCGGAGGCAUGCCCGGCCUCCCGGGGCUCCCAAUGCCCGGCAUGCCGUUCCACCCCAUCGGCGGCUGGGGCGUGCCGGCGCCGCCCGACCAGUCCCCGCCGACACCCCCUGCCGCCGCAACCACGAACGCCAACGACCCGCAUGCGAACGGCGGCAUCAACUGA